ACGAUUUCAUUCUAUAAGUUCACUGUAUUUUCACAAUGGCAAGACUAAAAUACCUUACGUAUUGCGUAAUCGUGUGGUUGUAUAGUUUUUCAUUAAGAAUAAUUCUAUGUCGCGAUAGUACUGAGAGUCUCACAGACAAUAUAUUACAAAGCGGUAUUUAUGAUGCACUGAAUAUUUCUGGAAAUAUGAAACUUGACGAUAUAAUAAAAAAAAUUGAAUCUUAUGCUGAUACAGAAUUAGAUGAUAAGGAUUUAAACAUUACACAACUAAUUCAAAAGGAUGGGUUUGAAGUUGAAGAACACACUGUGACAACAGAAGAUGGAUACAUCUUGAAGAUGUUCAGAAUUCCAAGAUCAGGACCUCCUAUUUUUCUAAUGCAUGGAAUAAUUUCAGGCUCAGAUGUUUGGGUGUCAACAGGCUUUGAUAAAGCACUUGCUUAUAGCCUAGCUGCUCAAAAUUACGACGUAUGGAUGGGUAAUGCCCGCGGUACAAGAUAUUCCUUGAAGCACGUUACCUUAAGCUCAUACCAACCCAGUUUCUGGAAUUAUACGUGGCAUGAAAUUGGUAUAUACGAUGUGCCGACAAUGAUCGACCGUGUUCUAGAAAUAACAAAACGACCAUCUCUGUCAUAUAUUGGACAUUCACAAGGAACUACUGUUUUCUAUGUAAUGUGUUCAUUGAAACCCGAAUACAACGAAAAAAUAUCACUUAUGGUGUCCUUAGCACCUAUUGCUUAUAUUACAAACUCAAAGUUCUUUUUAUAUAAAAUUUUAUCUAUCAAUCCAGAGGCAUCUUACGCAGCGUUUACAAGUGCAGGUAUAUAUAACUUUUUUGGACAUGAUGAAGUAUUUUUACCUGUAGAAACCACCUUAUGUGGCAAUCCUUUCACAGCAUUAGUCUUAUGUCAAUCUCUAACAUCAUUAGCUGGUGGUUUCAACUAUAAACAGGUGAAUGUUCCGCGCUUGCCAGUAAUAUUUAGAUACUUUCCUACUGGUUCAUCUGUUAAACAAGGCGUACAUUACUUACAAUCGGGCCGUGCCGAACGAUUUCAACAGUUUGAUUACGGACCACAUAAUUUGGAUCAUUACAACUCAACAAGUCCACCAACUUAUCCUCUAGAAAAUAUAAAAGCACCGAUCGCUUUAUUUUUCGGAGACGGGGAUUACCUUUCGGUCAGGGAAGAUGUCGAUAAAUUGGUACAAAGGUUGCCAAACGUGGUCGAUUUCUACACAGUUCCAGAUGAAAAUUUUGAGCAUUUUGAUUUUUUGUGGUCUAAAGAUAUAAAUACUUUAAUUUUGCCAAGGCUUUUGAAAUUAAUAAAAAUGUACACGUUAUAAAUAUAAA